UAAAGGGGAGACGGGAUCGGCUAGUAGAGGGCCCAGCUUUGCUUCAACGACCCAUCGGCGACCAGUCCUCGGAGAUCCGUGGCUCUUGCCACAACGUCCACCGCUCAUCACGCCGCGCUAUCUCACGCUCGGCCGCGUUCGUGUGUGCAUCAUUCUACACUUGCCGCAUCACUUGAUCGUAUUUCUUUAAUUAUCGGUAAAACAACACGGGAAAUUCAUCAGGAUUGUCGGGAAGGUGUUAAAAUUUCAUGGAAUAACGAAUUCGAAUGGAAGAAAAUAAACCAUGGAAUUAUCUUUGUUGUGGAUAUAAGCUGAACAAGUGACUGUGCGCAAGCGAAGAAGAGCGAGCGAGAGAGAAAGAGAGAGAGAGAGAGAGAGAGAGAGAGAAAGAGAGUGAUGAGUGAUGUGAGAUAGCGAUAAAUGAGAUGUGGCCCUGAGCCGGUUUCCCCUGGCGACUACGUACCCCUCAUAAACACCAUCCGCCUGGCCUCUUAGUCGGGGUAUAUGGAAUAACAAGAGAGGCGCAAAGAUGCAGGGCAGGCCUGCUUUCUUCGCUAUCCUGCUUGGAACGAUAUUCGGUGUCCUCGGUGCAUCGUUGAGCAAAGCCUUAAGGUACAAGGCACCGGACGAGUGUAAAUGGGUCGCGACCGGCGACGCCGAGGACGACGUAUCUCUCGUAUGUCGUUUAAGGACUAUAAAUAGUGAACUAGAAAAUACGAAUUUCAGCGUUAUACAGCCUCAGCAUACGGUUAGACUGAGGCUCGAGUGUAGCGAUGCGCUCUUCUAUCAGAGCUCUCUCAACGGAGGAAGCUUCAGACCUCUCGUCGAGUUGCGAGAACUCGUUAUAGAAUACUGUAAAAUCGGCAAUCUAUCGGACGAUGCUUUCAAGGGGCUCAAGGAGUUACGUAAUCUGACCGUAAGAACUCACAACACAGAUUGGUCAGCAAUGGCACUUGAUAUAUCGGCUCGUGCAUUCACCGAGGAACUCAGCCAACUCGAGAGGCUCGAUCUUGGCGAAAAUAAUAUGUGGAGUUUGCCAGAGGGCUCGCUGUGUUCUCUUCAUAACUUGGAAAUGCUCAAUUUAACGAAGAACCGACUCCGCGAAGUUGCCAGUUUCCACUUCAAUGCCGAAGCGAGAUGCGUUUCCAGCCUGAGAGAAUUGGAUCUGAGCAACAACAGCAUCGAGAGUCUACCGUCCGCGGCAUUCGCUGGACUCACGAGACUCCAAACUCUUGAUUUGCGCAGCAACGCCAUCGCCUUCAUGGCCGAUCGUGCCUUCGAGGGCUUAUCCUCAUUGGCUGUACUUCGUUUGAGCGACAAUCGUCUGACUAGCCUGCCACCGGAACUCUUUAACGAUGCUAGGGACAUUCAAGAGGUUCAUUUACGAAACAAUACGCUGAAUGUACUGCCGCCCGGACUGUUCAACGAGCUCAAACAGCUGCUGGUGCUUGAUUUGUCGAUGAACGAGCUGACGGCUGAGUGGGUCAACGCCGCGACGUUUACCGGUCUCAUGCGUCUCGUUGUACUAGACUUAUCGGGCAAUCGUAUCGGCCGUUUGGAAUCAGCGGUUUUUCGCGAUCUCUACAGCCUUCAGAUUUUACGUUUACAAGAGAAUCUCAUCGAGAGCCUACCCGAGAAUACAUUCUCUGCACUGUACAAUUUGCACACCCUCGUACUAAGUGAUAAUCAGCUAAGUGUUAUCGACGCGACCACUCUUAGCGGUCUGUACGUGCUUAGUCUCCUCUCCUUGGAUAAUAACAGGCUUAACGGGCUUCAUCCGAGCUCCUUACGAAACGCCUCGUCUCUUCAAGACUUACACCUUAACGGUAAUCGUCUAGCUGCUGUGCCGGAUGCCCUUAAAGCCACGCCUCUCCUCCGGACUCUCGAUCUUGGUGAAAAUCUCAUAUCCGAGAUACCGAGUGGCACCUUCGAUCACGUGUCUCAGCUUUAUGGACUCCGCCUGACCGAAAAUCACAUUGGCAAUCUAACGAAAGGGAUUUUCGAGAAAAUCAAGGAGCUGAAGAUACUUAAUCUGUCGCGGAAUCGCAUACAAUACAUAGAGCCCGGUGCUUUCGAUGAAAACGUAAAUCUACAAGCGAUACGCCUGGACGGUAAUCAACUUACGGAUAUUGCUGGACUUUUCACAAAUCUUCCGAACCUCGUGUGGCUCAACGUUAGUGACAAUAGACUCAAGUGGUUUGACUAUGCAAUGAUACCUACCGGAUUACAGUGGCUGGAUAUUCAUUCGAACGAGAUCAGUGAGUUGGGUAAUUACUUUGAGAUUGAAACGCAAUUACAGUUGAACUAUUUUGACGCGAGUGAAAAUAAAUUGACGGAGAUAACGGGAAACGCGAUACCGAUGAGCGUCGAACUGCUGGCACUCAACGACAAUCUCAUUUCGAAGGUUCAGAGUUACGCUUUCUUCAAAAAGCCUAAUUUGACGCGAGUCGACUUGAAGGGCAAUCGAAUAAGGAAUCUUGAACCAUACGCGUUACGUAUAAGUGCUGUGCCAGCGGACAAGCAGUUACCCGAGUUUUACAUCGGUGACAACCAGUAUCUUUGCGACUGCACGAUGGAGUGGCUGCAACGCGUCAACAAGCAGAGCCAGUCCCGUAUACAGCCAAGAGUGAUGGAUCUCGAGAGCAUCUAUUGCCAGCUACUGUACGACAGGGAACAGAUGUACGUGCCUCUCGUCGAGGCAUCCCAUUCGCAGUUUCUGUGUAAAUACGAGGCUCACUGCUUCGCUCUCUGCCACUGCUGUGACUUUGACGCUUGCGACUGCGAGAUGACCUGUCCCGCCAAUUGUACGUGUUAUCAUGACCAAUCAUGGUCAGCUAACGUAGUCGAUUGCUCGGCAGGCGGCCAUGUCAACAAGUUACCCGAACAGAUACCAAUGGAUGCGACUCGUCUCUAUCUCGAUGGAAAUGAUUUGAGAAUCAUCGCGAGCCACGCUUUCAUUGGUCGGAAAAAAUUGAAAGUUCUUUUCCUCAAUGGUUCUAAUAUCGAGAUGGUGCAAAACCGAUCGUUCAACGGAUUGAGGGAUCUCGAAGAUCUUCACUUGCAGGACAACAGGAUUCACGAACUGCGGGGUCACGAGUUCGAGGGUUUGGAUAAUCUCAAGACUCUCUAUCUCCAGAACAAUGAGAUUGCGAGCGUGGCUAACAACACGUUCAGACCACUGCGCUCGCUCCGGGUUCUACGACUUCAAGGAAAUCAUCUAACGACGUUGGCCGUUUGGUCCCUACCGUCUUCGAUCGAAGUCAGUCUCUCCCGGAACCCGUGGUCAUGCGAGUGCGAUUAUCUCCAAGUUUACAGAGAAUGGAUCCGCGAGUCCGUGAGUCGUGUCAGUGAUGUGUCCAAAAUACGGUGCGUCCUCAAUGUUACGGAAUUCGAGGCAUUUGGUGACGAAGUGUACAAAGACGACGAAUUCGGUUUUUCCGUGAUUGUGACUAAUAACGUCGAAAGCAACGGGACCAAUUUGGCCACGAGUUGUACGGGCUUGACGAGCAUCGACAACGGAAUACAGGGAAAUCUUACGAAAACGAUUAUCGAGCGUCAGGCACUGCAGGAUUAUCUGCCGCUGCUCGUUGCCACUCUUGCCGCGUUUCUCAUCGUAGUGCUCCUGUGCAUGCUCGCGUUUAUAUUCAGACAAGAAUUUCGCGUGUGGUUUCACUCUCGUUUCGGAGUUCGUAUUUUUUACAAAAACACCGACACCGACCGUGACGACCGGGACAAGCUCUUCGACGCAUUUGUUAGUUACAGUUCGAAGGACGAGGCAUUCGUCGCUGAAGAGCUCGCCCCUGUUCUCGAAAUGGGAAAUCCAUCGUACAAACUUUGCCUGCACUAUCGUGACUUUCCCGUUGGCAGUUUUAUCGCUGACACGAUAGUGCAGGCUGUCGAAUCAUCGAGAAGAACGAUAAUAGUACUUUCGGAAAAUUUCAUUAAAUCGGAGUGGUGUCGUUUUGACUUCAAGUCGGCGCAUCAUCAGGUACUCAGGGACCGAAGACGUCGAUUGAUUUUGGUGCUUGUCGGUGACGUACCUCAGAGGGAUCUCGAUCCCGACAUAAGACUCUAUCUCAAAACUAACACAUAUUUGCAGUGGGGAGAUAAAUUGUUUUGGGAAAAAUUGAGAUUCGCGUUGCCCGAUGUGCCGAAUAAUCAGAGAACGAGUCAACAAAGAAGGCAACCACCGCCGGUCCGACGGCAGCACAAUAAUCAAACAUCGACUAACUCGCGCACGGUCGCUGUUCACAUAUAAAAAGCAAAACAAAAGUUUAUAACAAGGAAUUGCUUAUUUUUUUUUCGAUGAGCCGUGCGUCUUGAGGCUUUAUAUGCAAUAUCGACGUGGGCUGUUUGACGGAUACAACUCAGUGGACCGUGCGACACCCAUUUCGAUGAGUGAGUGAGUGAGUUACACGUGCAUGGACAUGGUCGAUGCAAGGUGCAAAACGUAUUAGUCGAGUGUAAAUAGUCGCGGAAAGGUGCGUUACUUGUGAAACACAAAAUAUGGUUUAGCAAUCGAUAAUGAUUUAAAAACUAUUUAAACAAAUGUGCACCGCACUAUAAAGUCUGUAAAUAGAUAUCCGAAGGCGUCGAAAAGUGAGAAACUGAUACGAGCGCGCGUCCAUCAUUAGGUACACUUUAAUUAAACUUUCCGAGAUCGAAGCGAUGUGCCAAUAAGUGAAAACUAUGCAUAUAUGUAUUUGUUCAAUUGAUUGUAAAUUCGAGUGGUUAGUUGAAUAGAUAGACUAAAUGAAUGUAAAUAAUCGUGAAAGAGAAACAACGAAAAACGUUAACUUUUAUUAUUCCGUACCGCAAGGGGGCCAACCGGGGCGUUUAUCGGGAAAAUAUAUCGCUCAAAUUGCUCAUUGUUUGUGAAUGUCAUUCGCGAAUUGUUCACACGUUCAGUGACAUAUCGCGAGCCUCGCGAAUUGCAGGAGAGAGAAAGAGUAAUGUAUAAUAAUAUAGCCGUGUUAAACUUUACACGAUAAAAUAUAUACCGCAAACGUCAUUCAACAAUUGCAUAUAAAUGACAAAGAUUUCGAAAGGCACGUAUCGAGUUAAGGGUGACGCGAAAAUGAAGGUAGUCAUCCGAGUCUCGUUAUUCGUAAAGCGAAAUAAGAAAAUAUUAUGAUUUCCGACUGUAAAUGCAUAUCCAAAACGUACUUAUCGAGUUAGAAGGAAAAAAUUAAAAUAAAAUUUCAUGACAUUUGCGUGUAUGUAGCUUCAAGCGAGCGCACGUGCUCGUAGUGAUAUCAUUUCCUAAUACAUUUAUGUUGUCGCACAUGAGUUUUUCGUUGUCAUCGAUAGCAGCAAGAUGAAACAAAAUUUUCGUUUUUCUUUUUUUUUUUUUUUUAUCCUCCCCUCCCUCUAAUUUUAUGAAAAACGGUGGUUUUUAUUUCGUGGGGGCGUGGACGCUUCGAACGAAAAAUAAAAAACGCACCUAAAAAUCUUGGGCCAUGAAAAAUCGCGAUGAAUAAAUCUUUGUAAAGUAGCGUAUGUGUUUUAUUUAUUUCGCUAUAAAUACUAAUUGGAGAAUUAACGAAAAAUACGGAACAGCGCGGCCCGGUAUUCGCAAAAAGACUUUUCAAACGUGGUCGUCAUUGAAUUUAUGUUAAAUCUUUCUGUUUUUUUUUUUUUUUUUUAUUUCUCUUGCACAGUUUCACAAUCUCUGCGUAUAUGGUAUUGUAAUUUUCCUCAACUGCUGCGAUAUGCGAAUACCCUGUGUCCGAAAUGACAAUUUUUAAAUAUAAAUUAUGACUGACGAAUAAAAUUCUCUGUUUUUAUGUUUUUAAAAA